AUGUCAACUGCUAACCACUCCCAGAACUACGUAAAACAUGCCCUUCAGGAGGGUGCCACUGAGGAAAGCACCCCCACUGUGGGGGUUAAUGCCAGCCCAAUUCUUGAGCAUGGCAUGAAAGUAGACUCUCAGUUAAAAACACUGAUUGAGCACCUGUACGUCCUCAAGUUCAAGCUGGAAAAGGAGAAAAAAAUGCACAAGCGGAAAAAGAAAGAUCUACCAAAGGAGGAGGGGGUGCAAAAGGAAGAUAAAACAAACGCCAAAAACGCACAAAACAAGGUCCAAAUCGAAAGUAAAAAUCCGCAAAAGAGGGAGGAACCAAUCAAUAGGACAUUAAUGAAGAGGUUAUCCCAAAAUUGUGAAUGGCACAAAAGUUGUAGGGAUGAUGACCUUGGGGCAGAUGACCCAGGAGGGGAAAGUUCGUGCCCUAUUCCGCAGCUAAUCGAGACCAUCGAAAUUUACAAACAGAGAAAUGCAGAAGAGCAACGCGAAAAAGUCCACCUGAUUGAGAAAUACGAACGUGUCCUCAGGAAAAUCAGAAAAAGGCACAUCCACCAAAUUGGACAAAUUAAAAAUAACGUCCUCCUCGAUGUCGAUUUUUUAAUUCAAAAGUACAGGAAUGUGUCUCUUGAACUACUGCAAAUUGGUCGGAAGAAGGAGAAGGAGAAAAGGGACGAAAAUAGGAAGAUGUCCGAAAUGUGCAUAACUGCUUGCAGGAGGUUUGAAGAGAAUAUGAAGGAGAGUGCGAAGACCGCCAUGCAGGAGCACCAGGCCGAAGUGGCCAAAACCGUCGGAGACGCCAAGAGGGAGAACGCAGCCUUGAAGAAAAAAAUAUCAGAGUUGAAGAACAAAAUGGAAAAGGACAAACGUGAGUCAGGGAAAAUCGAAGUGAAGGAGCUGCAGAAUCAAAUAAGCGAACAGUGUGCGGUGAAUGAUGAGCUGAGAGCAGCCAUUUCGCGAGAAAAAAAAGAACACGAGAUGAAUCUUAUGGACCUCUAUUCGAAGGUUGAUUUGCAAAUAAAAACUUACAAGGAAAACAUCGUGAAGGUAUUCCACGAUAUCCUUCUGAAGAAUAAAAUCGACAUGAGCAUGGACGAGUUGUCUAGCUGCAUUCAAGUGGCGAUGGACACGCACUAUGGACAGGACACCACCCCGCCGAAUGAUAUGCCCUGA